UGUGGGAGUAUGGAGUGGGCCUUGGAUGCCGAGGCUGGGGGCCCCUGGUCAUGCCCACCCUGAAGCCUGGCUCGGCCUGUGGAUGUCUGGAGGUGGUGGAGAGGAGGCACAGGACACUGAAGAGCAGGGCUGUGGUGAUGGGGUGCCUAGGGGCUCCCCCUUCCCUGUCAGAGGCCCACAGCUGCAGCUGUCACACUAUUCUCCAGGCCCAGAAUACUGCCCUCUGUCCCUGCAAGCCCACUGAGAAGGGUGCCAGCUUGGGCCUCUGUGUCCCCAGAAGUCUAAUGGGUUCAAAGUCAUGGGGCUGACUGGUUAGUACAAAAUCAAUCCUUGUUGAGGUAGCUUAAGGUUAGUAUCUCUAAAUACAGGCUAGAUCCCCUCAACCAGGAAGACAUGGUUUUGAUUAGAAAGUGAACAAGCCCCCCCCCCACUGUAGUCCAUUUAGAGAUAACACCAUAUUAAUCUACAAGGAACUUCCUUGUUCUUUUUUACAAGUGCAUGGUAUUUCGCUGUGUGGAUGUGCCACGAAUGUGUUACCUUCCUGUGGAUGGGAAUUAGGUGGGAAACAAUGCAGGCUUUGUCUGAAGAUCAGUGCCCUGGCCAAGCCUCGAUGUUCACCUUUAGGCAGAAUGGUGUAAAGGGGGAGCAGAGGUGGGCCGGCUGUGAGUGGACUUGGCCCUGGACAGUUACCUCUCUUCUUUCUGCCAGUCUGGCACAUGCUGGGGAAGGAGCCCCUGGCCCUGGGCAACUAGUGAGAAGUAGGCUGACCUUGCAGAUCCCCUUGGCACCACAGGGUCUGCCACCAGCCAGGGGGUCUGCAGUGCCUAUGAGCCUGGCUGCUGGGCGCUGCUCCCCUGGGAGCCUGUGCCUCUUAUCACGCUGAGUCCAUUAGUUCUUCAGAGAAAGCAUUUGGCUUUGCUGUGAGUGGGGAUGUGGUUUUGUUGAAGAUGAUUGUGCCUGCCUACCCAUUCCUGUCACUCUCAGAGGCCAUCCCAUGGGGAUGUAAAGUGGAUUUAACCACCCUUGUGGGGACAUUGAAGGCAAGAAAGAGAAGCAUCUGGCUUUACAGAAAGCAGAGUACUAUUUGGUAAAAGUAUAAAAACAUGAGUGGGAAUGAUGAAUACAUACCAAGGCCAGCGUCCUCCUCCCUCUGAGGCUGGAGUGGGGUGGAGGAGACAGAAAGGUAGAUUUCUAGCUGUCUCUGUGAUGAUUAAUUGCUUUGCACUUGUGAAAUGUCUGAAACGAUUAUGAAAAUGUGAACAUUGUUAGCUCUGGAAGGUAGAUGCUGGUGUCUGUUAUAUUACCUUCAGUGCUUGUCUGUGUGUCUACAAUAUUUCAAAACUAAACAUGAUUAUUUUAUUAAGACAAAAGAGGAAAGUCCCAGCCCUCCCUACUCUGUGCUCCCCCAGCAUCUUGCACCUCCCUUUCUGUGUCACUUCUCGCUGUCCUGCCUGCCUGUUUGUCUCCCCAAGCUCAUUCAGACUUCGGUGACAUCCUUGCCAAACCAACUACAGUUAAUGGGCUCAUUGGAAGGUGAGCAUAUGCCUCAUUCAUCUUUGAACAUAAGGCAGCUAUGGGAAAGCAGAACAUUCUUGGACUAUGGGACUCAGUCAGAUCUUUGUGACUUUCUGGCAAGUGAUUGAUCCUUUAUGUGCCUCAGUUUCUCCAUUUUUACAAAUGGAUUGCGGUAUGGAGUGAAAUGAGAGGGUUCACAUAUGGGAAGGUCUUGCACAUAACACAUGACCAUAAGGGGUGUUUGUCAGCCAGGGGUUGAUGAAGCAUUGUGUUGGGCAUGUAGAAGUUUUCUUAUUUAUUUAUUUGUUUGUUUGUUUGUUUUAACAUCUGAAGGACCCACAGAUUUUCUCAACACAAUAUGAUGGUGCUCCAUCAGGAGUAGGAGUCAGGCUUUGUCUCUUUGGGUUCUGGGGGGCAGCAGCAGGCUUGUGGUUUAAUCAGCAGCUGUGGGUGGGGGUGGUCUCUGGAUAUGCAGCCCUGAGUGUCUAUCUAUCUCCCAGCAACCCUGACUCUUUUCUUUUGUCUCCUAUAUUGGGGUCCCAAGACCACCGCCAAGUUUGGUGAUUUGUUAGCACUCUCAGGACUCAGCAGCUAGAUGUUCUCACAGCUGUGAUUUAUCACAGUGAAAGGACACAGAGCAAACCAGCCAAGGAGAAAGACUGGUCAGCACAGAGAUCACUGUAGAGGACUAUGAGCAGGCUGCCAAGAGCCUAGCCAAGGCCCUGAUGAUCCGGGAGAAGUAUGCACGGCUCGCCUACCACCGCUUUCCACGGACCACGGCCCAGUACCUAGGUCAUGGGGUGGCUAAUGCUGCACUUCUGGACGAGGGUUUCCCGGACUUCCACCCUCCCCCACUGCCCCAGGAGGACCCUUACUGCCUGGAGGAUGCACCCCCCAACCUGGGGUACCUGGUCUGCAUGCGGGGGGGCAUCCUCUUUGUGUAUGACAACAAGCAGAUGCUGGAGCGCCAGGAGCCCCACAGCCUGCCCUACCCUGACCUGGAGACCUACACAGUGGACAUGAGCCACAUCCUGGCCCUCAUCACCGAUGGCCCCACGAAAACCUAUUGUCACCGGAGACUGAAUUUUCUGGAAUCCAAGUUCAGCCUUCAUGAGAUGUUAAAUGAAAUGUCUGAGUUCAAAGAGCUGAAGAGUAACCCCCACCGAGACUUCUAUAACGUGAGAAAGGUGGACACGCACAUCCAUGCAGCGGCCUGCAUGAACCAGAAGCACUUGCUGCGUUUCAUCAAGCACACAUACCAGACGGAGCCCGACAGAACUGUGGCCGAGAAGCUGGGCCAGAAGGUCACCCUGAGGCAGGUGUUCGACAGCCUUCACAUGGACCCCUAUGAUCUCACCGUGGAUUCGCUGGAUGUCCAUGCAGGCCGGCAGACAUUCCAUCGCUUUGACAAGUUCAACUCCAAAUACAACCCUGUGGGGGCCAGUGAGCUCCGUGACCUGUAUUUGAAAACUGAAAACUACCUGGGAGGAGAGUACUUUGCUCGGAUGGUGAAGGAGGUGGCCCGGGAGCUGGAGGAGAGCAAGUACCAGUACUCAGAGCCGAGGCUCUCCAUCUAUGGCCGCAGCCCACAGGAGUGGCAAAACCUGGCCCGCUGGUUCAUCCAGCACAAGGUCUACUCACCCAACAUGCGCUGGAUCAUCCAGGUGCCCCGGAUCUAUGACAUAUUUAGGUCAAAGAAGCUGCUGCCAAGCUUUGGGAAGAUGCUGGAGAACAUCUUCCUGCCCCUUUUUAAGGCCACAAUCAACCCCCAAGAUCACCGGGAGCUUCACCUCUUCCUCAAAUAUGUGACAGGGUUUGACAGUGUGGAUGAUGAGUCCAAACACAGUGACCACAUGUUCUCAGAGAAGAGCCCCAGCCCAGACAUCUGGACCAGUGAGCAGAAUCCGCCCUACAGCUACUACCUGUACUACAUGUAUGCCAACAUCAUGGUGCUCAACAAUCUUCGGCGAGAACGGGGCCUGAGCACGUUCCUGUUCCGGCCUCACUGUGGGGAGGCCGGCUCCAUCACCCAUCUGGUGUCUGCCUUUCUCACUGCCGACAACAUUUCCCAUGGGCUGCUCCUCAAGAAGAGUCCAGUGCUGCAGUACCUCUACUACCUUGCCCAGAUCCCCAUUGCCAUGUCUCCUCUUAGCAACAACAGCCUUUUCCUGGAAUAUUCCAAGAACCCCCUGCGGGAAUUCCUGCACAAGGGGUUGCAUGUCUCCCUCUCCACCGAUGACCCUAUGCAGUUCCACUACACGAAGGAGGCACUCAUGGAGGAAUACGCCAUCGCUGCACAAGUGUGGAAGCUGAGCACGUGUGACCUGUGUGAGAUCGCCAGGAACAGUGUGCUGCAGAGCGGCCUCUCACAUCAGGAAAAGCAGAAGUUUCUAGGACAGAAUUACUGUAAAGAAGGACCUGAGGGAAACGAUAUUCGAAAGACAAAUGUUGCACAGAUCCGGAUGGCAUUCCGAUAUGAGACUCUAUGCAAUGAGCUCAGCUUCCUGUCUGAUGCCAUGAAAUCAGAAGAGAUCACAGCCCUGAACAACUAGCUCCAGCAAGCAACUUGCAUCUUAACUUUUUGGUUUAAUUUCAGACCUGCUGGGGCUAUUGUGGUCAAGACACCAAACAAAGGCUUUCUUUCCUCUGUGAAGAGGAUACUGCUAGAAGAAUUUCAGACUCAUGAUUUUGGUUGCACUGUUCACUUUAAGACCGAACAUACCCACUUGUGUUAAUAUUUCUGAGUAAGGGUUGGUGACUUCUCCUUGGUGAUCUGGGAGCUGGCACUUGUCUCUACUUGUUCCUAAUUUUCCACAUAUUUCUCUUUUAACUGCCAGUGCCUGAAUUGGUGGGGCCAGGAUUUUCCAUGGUCAAAUGCCAAAAGGCAUGAGGUAUGUAUGAUUUUGUCACACUCCUUUUUAUAUGCCCUGCAGGCAAGCUGGUAGUUGUUCAUUUCAGCCUCCGGCUGGCUGGAUGCCUUAAAUAAAAUCUACUUCAAAGCUCCCUUUCAUAAAGGGGCUAUUUUGAGAAAAUAGAAGGCUCCCUUCUUGACCAUUUCUUAAUCUGUUUUGUUUAGCCCUCCUUGCUCCUUUCUAGUAGGAAGCUGUAUGUACUAAGAAUAGUCACUCGUAUUCUGUGUUGGUUUCCUUGUCCUGAAAGUGAGGGUUUGGACUAGACAAGUGUUUUCAAAUGUACUGUGAAUCCCCGCUCAUGGACCAUUCCAGGGUUGGGGAAAAAAACAGAGUGAGGUUCUGGUAGCAGUCAAAGUGACUCUGCUUUCAUCAGUUUUACAGUGGGCCUGCUAAGUAUUCUCAUCUGAAAUAAGGGUGUUGCAAAGCACAGACCAGGUGACCUGUGUUUCUUUUGGCUAUAAAUAUCCUAUGUUUGUAGCCCAAUUAUCAUUUACCCAUGAAGAGUUAGGCCAGUGAAGUGAAAUUGCUUAAGGUCACACUACUAGUAACAGUACUAGAAUUAGGUCCAGUAGUCUCACAAAUGUUAAUUUUUUUUUAAACCACUAUAACCUAGCACAUUUUUGUUAAAGGCAAAAUUUCUCCCUUACCUAAAACAAAGACUUCUUCAGAUGACAUAGUGGUCCCAGGGGCCAGGUAGAAAGCAUUUAUAAAAGACCAAUCCGCAGUUAAGCUUUAACAAUGUACUUUUCAUCUGUGUUACUAGUGCCUCGUACAUAGUAGGUGUUCAAAUGCAUAUGGAAUAACUGAAUGAAUUUCUCUUUUGGCAACUUUUUAAGGAUAUGUGCACUGAUUACUCAACAAGCUGCUCAAGGAUCUUUCUAAAUAUUUGUGGGCAAAUUCAGACUACAGGAAGUCUUUGAAUCACUAUAAAGUUAGGCAAAGCCAAUUUUUGUCUGGGAACAUGCUUACUUCAUUUUAGAUUGUCUUGUCCUGGGCUGGGGAUUUAGCUCAGUGGUUCUGCCACCUGCCUCACAAGCCCAAGGUCCUGAUUUCAAUCCCCGGUACAAAAAAACCAAACCAAAACAAAACCAUAGAUUAUCUUGUCCUGUGACUGUCUGCCCAUCCAGCCGUCAAUUUAGUGUAUGGAACAAUAAAUGUAACUUUUUGUACUUGGCAAAUAUAUAUGCUAUCUUAUAGCUAAUUAUGAAAUUGAUGAAAGUCAGUCAUUAUCUUAGGGAUUAAUUUUGAAAUUCCUCCAUUUGAAUACAUUUGCCCCAAUACAGCAAGUACUGUAUAGUUUUUCAUUGUUAUUUUAUCUGUAUCAUGAAUUUUAAAAAUUAUUAAAGUGUCAGGUCUGUGAAGCAAUUUAAAACUAUUUCAAGUUAAUACUUAAAGCAAAAGUUUGUUUUUUAAGACUGGGCAUAAUGAAAAGCUAUCAGUAACUAUUUAUUUUUUUACUGAGACACGGACAACAUUCACUAGUGAAGCUUACUAGACCCAGAAGGUAACCUUUGCUAUCUUUUCUCUAACUUCUAGCCUGUUACUAGUUCAUCAGCGAAGCCACUCACCUCAUCUUUUUUUCCUGGGAUAUUAGUGUAGCCUGUUCAGUCAACAUGUGUUGGCUUUACCUGUCCUGCAAGCUUUUCAGACAUCCUUUUCUAGAGUACUUUGCAUUUUUAUUUCAUUGCUGCACUUUACUGGUCUUUUGGGGGGUGAAUCCCUACUUUCCUUUGUGUCCCCCUAUGGAAUCAAAGGCAGUGGUAUACUGUGCCCAGGCUUCUCAAGGAAUGGUUUUGAGGUAGUUACCCCAUAUUUAUUAUAAAGGGCUUCAGUUUGCUCUAUGUGUUACUUCAAAUCGUAUUGUCAAAAUGAUCACUGUCAUUACUCUUUGCCUGAUGAACACAAAUCUCAGCUUCUGGGUUGUUAUUUACUGAGGUCUGUUCUUGGCCUUUACUGUCUCCUGAAUUAAAGCAGAGUUGAAAGUACA